UUUAAGCCCAACUCACCCCAACCCAGAUGUCCUUUCUUCCCUCACAUUCUAUAACUUUUCUACUCACAACAAUUACAAUUAUGAUCAACUUUUGCGUCAAAAGCGUACACUCUUUGCUCAAUUUCGCUAACUCCAAGGACAACAACAAUGGAACAGUAGUUGAAACCCCCCCUCGCCACCACUGCCAGAAUCUUGCAUCUCCGGUCACCGGCGGCCUCAGUUUCGUCGCUCUCACCGCCGACAACAUCCACCGACCCACCAAUGUCGUUGAGUCCUCCGCCGUCAAAUCACCAUCACCACCUUCCUCUCCCAGUGCUACCACCGCCGCUGCCGUGAAGAUAGGGUUUCUUGAUAAGGUGGGAGGAAGCGUGGACGGGCUGAUGUUGUGUACCGAGAGUUUAGGGUUUGAAAGCUCCGAUGAGUGGAGGGUUGAUGACAAGAUUGAGAAUAUUAGCGACGAUGUGGUGAAUUCGAUGACGACGACGACGAUUCGGCCAAAAAGGAAUAGAAUGGGAUGGAGGAGUGAGGUGAAGAAUUUUCCACCGCCAUUAUCGUCGAUGAAUCAGAACGGAAAGCCGAUUUUCUAUCUCCGGCCGGUGAGGAGAGACGGGAGGUUAGAGCUCAUGGAGGUGAAGAUUGAACGGCUUGAGGUUUUACGUGCCUCCCGCGAAGAUGGACGGUUGAGAUUACAUCUCAUUAGAGAUGCAGAUGUUGAAGAAGAAGAACAAGUAGAGGAAGAGGGAAAGAUUGAAGAAGUUAUUGAAGAAGAAGGACAAGUAGAGGAGGAGGAGGAGGAGGAGGAGAUUGAAGAAGCUAUUGAAGAAGAAGAAGAAGAAGAAGAAGAAGAAAAAGAAAAAGAAGAAGAGGUGAGUGGGAAGUGGGUAUUUCCGGUGAAAAGUGGCGGCGGAGAUGGUUUUCGAAGGUGUCAUGAGCUGGUUCACCACCACCACCACCACCACCACCACCAUAAUCUGCAUGGGUGGAGCCAGCACAGUGUGACGAUAUGA